UAUGGCAUGACAUUAACUCACGUUUGGAUAGGCAGGGACACAUGAUAUUGCCUUAUAUCUGUAUGAUGUCAGCUAGAUUGUGGUUAAAAUGAAAAUUUAUUGUUCCCUGGCUUUAUACCUUACUAUUGGAUAUAACUUUGGCUAUGCAGAUUCUGAAAGCGUACCAUGCGGUGUGCCAAAAUUUCAGCCAGUAAAUAACCGUGUAGUUGGUGGCCACGAAGCCAGGCCAGGGUCUUGGCCGUGGAUGGUGAUGUUGGCUGAAGUAGGCGUGUUGGUCUGUGGAGGGAGCAUACUCAAUGAACAAUUUGUGCUUACAGCUGCCCACUGCUUUGAAGAUGAAUUGAGCAGAAAUCCAAUUCGUUGGCAAGCUUACGUAGGAAAGCAUCAUCUAAACUAUGAGGACGCCAGUGAAUCAAAGCAUCAUGUGAAAGAAAUCAUAAUACAUCCAGGAUUUCAAAACACCUCCAUGAAAAAUGAUAUAGCGCUUCUUAGGCUACAAGAACCAAUAAUUUUCGAUGAUUAUAAGAAGCCGAUUUGUGUUCCCCCAACUAGACGACGGGUUGUACCAUUUAAUAGUUACUGCUAUACUACAGGAUGGGGCGAUACUAGAGGUACAGGGGACAGAACUGUGUUGAAUCAAGUGAUGUUACCAAUUGUGAAUGACUACUUCUGUGGAAGAGCUGACUGGUAUGGACAAAGCUUUAUAAGAGGCGUCACAUUUUGCGCCGGUUACGCUGGGGGUGGCAGGGAUGCCUGCACCGGAGAUAGCGGCGGACCAUUUAACUGUAAGAAGGACGGGAAGUGGUAUGUACAAGGUGUAACAAGUUGGGGUUACGACUGUGCUCAACCCAAAUGGCCCGGAAUAUAUACUGAUGUAUCCAAAUACGGCACAUGGAUCAGAGAGACGAUGCUAAACUCAGGAGUGCCCUUAAACGAUUGACACACAACAGCGUUAUUUUUAUUUUUUUAAAAAUAGGGUUCCUUUUGUAUUUUUGGUUUAAAAAUGUAGAUUGAUUAUAUCUAAAGAACAUAAUGUUUUUUUCUGAUUUUCAGUAUAUACUUUCUCGUGAAUAUUGGUUAAGUAUCGUCCUACUAUUAAUAAUAUAUAGAUUUUUUUUUUCAUUUUAUAUAUUUAUACAAUGUAAAUCAUUCAUUUUUAGCUGCUGUGAAAUAUAUUUUUGUGCUUUUUUCAUUGUUUUUAGCAUUUCCUUGGUAUCAUUUGCUGACACAAACUAUGCUCGAAUUUUGAAAAGUAGUGAAACGAAAAAUUAAUUCGAUCUUCAGUGCGAUCGCAUCCUCAUUAGUGUACAUGGUCGCUAUAUAAAUAAAAUUUCAUUACUCCUUUGCAAUGCUGUCUUAGUAUUAUCGAAAGAGUAAUAACAGAAAUGUAUAAAAUUAUCAAAAUUUCAUGAAAAUAGUAAGCUGAUACUUGGUAUUGCGAUGUUUUGAGAUAUUUUGGAAAUGCUUCUACCAGACAUCACUUUAAGUGUAACAAUGUGAUUGUAUAAUUGAUUGUAUAAUAAACAUACAAUGUA